CUGCAUUGCCUCAAGGAUCAUAGUUCACCAACCUUAGAUUUGUCUGAUAUACAUAGACAAGCAACUGCAUGUACAAGAUUGGCUGAAUCCACAUCCGUAGGUGCAAAGUCUACUGAUGAAGUUCUUCGUGAAUUAACCGAUGAGUCUGGUCAGUUUACUGUCCUCCCUGUAUCCGCUGAAAGUGCCGGAUUGUUACCAAACCGAAAAGAUGACUUAAAGGGAUCUGACAUACUAUUGGAGGCAGUACUGGAGGCUGAUGUAGCACGCAAUGCAAAAGGUUUUUUCUCACAGCCUCAAAACCAGAAAAUUGAAUGAAAAGGUGUUGAGCAUGAGUAGAUUAGGAGGAG